AUGAGCUGGUGGAGGAAUGGGAUAUACUUGUUUGUAUUGGCGAUAUUUCCUAGCUGUGGUGCCCUGACUGUGAAUCCAUCAGACCUUGAAGCCCCUCCUAGGUACCCUAACCCUGUUAAACCCGAGAUAUUAUGUCUUAUGUGCUCACCAGGUACAUACCUUAAGAGUCAUUGUACUCUCAACUUAACAAACUCGGUGUGUCAAGAAUGCGAAGUCGGUAGAUUCUCUAUCAACUAUAACAGGGCUGUAUCAUGUGAGGCCUGUCGUACUCCGGAGAAAGGAUGUCCCAUCCGUAAUGCUCAUCUCAUCAUCACCUGUAAUUCUACCACAAAUAAUUUCUGUGUGUGUAACAAUGGAUAUUAUUACCAUUCCAAAUCUCAAAAUCCAAUGUCACAGUAUGAAGGAGAUUGUGAACUGCAUACAUCAUGUCCAGUUGGAGAAGGGGUCAAAGUUCUUGGAACAGCAGAUAAUGAUACUAGGUGUGAACAUUGUCCAAGUGGAUUCUUCUCUGAUAAAGUGUCCUCAACUGCUGCAUGUCAGCCUUACAGAACCUGCUCAGAAGGAACUGUUCCAAAAGGAGGAACAAGAAAGAGAGAUAUGUCUUGUCAAGAUAAUGAUACCACAGAGAAGAUGGCUGAUGGAGAAAUUAUUGGCAUAGUGCUUGGAGUACUAAUAGCAGUCAUAAUUAUGAUUGUAAUUGUUUUCUGCCUGUGGAAGAGGAGAAGGAGGCAGGAAUCGAGUGAGAGUAAAGACGAGGAAAUGCAAACUGCAAGAGCGAAUGGAGAAUACGCACCUGUUUCUCAAGGUCAAGCAGAAACUGCACCAGAGCAAGCACCUGCACCAACGCAGGUACCAGCGACAACGCCAGCGUUAACACCAGCGAGUGGUAAUGGAGUUGGGGAUGCUACGGCAAUAAAUCAAGCAGAAACUGCAUCAGAGCAAGCACCUGCACCAACGUCGGUACCAGCGACAACGCCAGCGUUAACACCAGUGAGUGGUAAUGGAGUUGGGAAUGCUACGGCAAUAAAACCAAAGCGUCCUCCAUGGGAUGAUGUAUGUCGAUUUUUAUCUGCUAACCUUUGUGGAAUCACAGACUACAGAAUGGCCUUACGGUCAAUUAUGGGGAAGUCAAGUUAUAAGAAUGGGGAUGCUCUGAUCAUAGAGCACACCAUGAACCAUCCCCGAGACGUGAAGGAAGUGAUUUACUUGGUGCUGAAAGAAUGGACAAAGAAGUGUCCAUGUACAUUAGACAUGGUGUUUGAUGGACUUGAAGAGCUCAAUCUAAAACAGAUGAUCUGUGACCUUAAGCAAGAAAAGGCAGUGAAAAACUUUAUAACAGCUAAUAAUGAGUCCACUGGAGAGUCUACAAGUUCUUCUUGUUAA